GAUUACACUAUGGCGGCUGGCCAUCCAGCAGCCAAGAGGGUCCUGGUGUAUCGGAAUGGGGACCCUUUCUUCCCAGGCUCCCGGCUUGUGGUGACUCAACGCUGCUUCCCCACCAUGGAGGCCUUCCUCUGCGAGGUGACAUCAGCCGUGCAGGCCCCACUGGCUGUGCGUGUUCUCUAUACUUGUCAAGGCCACCGUGUCACUGACUUGGCAGACUUGAAGCAUGGAGGGCAGUAUGUGGCUGCUGGCUUUGAACGAUUCCACAAGCUCCACUAUUUACCCCAUGGAGGGAAGGAUCCAGGUGGGAAGAGCUGCAGACUACAAGGUUCUCCGGUGACUCGCCACCUGUGUGAUGGGCCCCUUGGACUUCGGCUGCCUGCAGGUGCUCCCUGCUACAUCCAUGUGUUCAGGAAUGGGGACCCGGUAAGUCCCCCAUUUAGUCUGAAGCUGCCCCAGACUGCCAGCCAGGAUUGGGAAACUGUGUUGAAGCUCCUGACUGAAAAGGUCCAGUUGCAGAAUGGGGCUGUGUGCAAACUCUGUACCCUGGAGGGGCUCCCACUGUCAGCAAGGGAGGAGCUGGUAAGUGGCCAUUACUAUGUGGCUGUCGGAGAGGAUGAAUUCAAGGCCCUCCCCUAUCUGGAGCUGCUGGUGCCCAGCCCUUCCCUGCCCAGGGGCUGCUGGCAUCCUCCAGACUCGACGUCUAGGGCCCACAGGCAGGGGGCCCAAGGCCACAGGGCACAGGUAACCCAGCCCUCUCCAAAGGAACCAGGCCAAAUCGAGCCAUUGGCUUUCUAUGCCAGACCCCAGAAGACCAUUCAGCCAAGAAGCAAGUUGCCAACGCUGCCUCCCUCUUUAGGAGUUACAGGAACAUAUGAGGCUCCCCACCCAAGGAAGGAGACAGCAGGGGCCCAGGAAGUAGCAGAUGAUGAAGACACAGAGAAGCCCUUGGAUCAGAGGGCAGCACAGAUAGUGGAAGAGGCCUUGUCCCUGGAAAACCAGCCUGGGGCUGGAGCUGCUAUCUCAGCCUCAGCCCCUGCUCUGCCAUUUUGAGAGCCCGCAGCUUCAGAGAACUGGGGACUACCACUCUGGCCACCUUUUGUCCUCAGCCUCCAGCAGCUUGUUCCUCAGGAGCCACCACCUCCCCUGGGCUCCCAGGGUACACUGCAGUCUCCUUAGCCCUCCCAGUUCUGCUCCUACACCCAGAGCCCAGCCUUCCCUUCCUCUGAGCAGGGCAGCCCUGGCUGUGGGGGCUACUUCCUUAUGGAAUUCUCUGGCCAGAGAAAGUAGCUGGCUGAGCCUGGGAGAGGCCACAAACGCGGGAGCAGGUUUGUCACAAUAAAAUAAUACUUAUUAA